AUUCGACUGAAUCCUGUAAAUAAUUUCAGCCUCUUCAAAAAUCCUCAUUCAUUCCAGCCUAUUCAAAAUCAUACUGAAUUCACCGAGUUCCUCCCAAAUCUCCCACCAGAAAUGGCGAUGUCCACUGAAUUCACCGAGCUCUUCCCAAAUCUCCCAGAAGAAUUGGCUCUCGAGUGCCUGACCCGGCUCAACUACGCGGCCCGCUGCGUCGGUGCCUUGGUCUGCCGCCGCUGGCGCGAGCUCCUCCUCAGCAGGGACUUCUUCUAUCACCGAAAACGCACCGGGUUCACCCAAAAAGCUGCCGUUAUGGUCCAAUCAAUCCCGGUUCAGGGAGAAAUACCAGUUCGCUUCCCGAGCUACGGGUUGACGAUAUACUACCCGGAGAGCGGGAUUUGGGACCGGGUCGACCCUGUUCCGGAGUACCCAGAUGGGCUUCCCCUGUUCUGUCAGGUGGUGAGCUCUGAAGGAAAACUAGUGGUCAUGGGCGGGUUGGACCCGACGAGUUGGGAACCGGUCCGGGACGUGUUCGUGUAUGAGUUCACGACUGGGAGCUGGACUCGGCGCAGGGACAUGCCUUCCUGCCGAUCAUUCUUCGCCGCCGCCGCCGUCGACGGAGUGGUGUUCGUCGCCGGCGGGCACGACGCGAACAAGAACUCGUUGAGCACCGCUUGGAAGUACGACAUUUGGGCGGAUGGAUGGACUGAGCUACCCGGGAUGAACGAGGAGCGCGACGAAUGCGAAGGGAUUGUGGUCGGCUCUGAGUUUUGGGUGGUGAGCGGGUACGCCACCCAGGCCCAAGGCAGGUUUAUGAGGAGCGCCGAGUCGUUCGGACCCGGCACGGGAGAGUGGAGGUUAGCCCAGGACGCGUGGGUGGUGACUCAGUCCCCGACGACGUGCGGCGGUGUGGGGGCUGGGAAUGGAGCGUUCGUAAGUUGGGCCGAAAUUGACCCGGUUGUGCAGGCCGUGGGCCUCGUUGCAUUUGGGGUCGAUAUGGAUGGUUGGACGUUGGAAACCGGGCGGGAACACCAUAGUGGGCCUUUCGGGUUUUACCAUGUGGAGCGGAAGAACGAAGGGCAGAUUGGUAAAGUGGUGAAGAUCGAAGCCCCUGAGGAGUUCUCUGGAUGCGCUCGAUCGGGGGGUUGUAUUGAAUUCUGAUAUUCUUUUGUUUUUUGUUUUGAUAAGCUGAUAUUUUUUUUGUUGUAUUGAUU